AUGGGUUUGAAGGCACUUCCGCACCCAAAAAUUGUGAAGAAGCACACUAAGAAAUGGCAUCGCCAUCAAAGUGAUCUUUUCAAGCGUCUGGGCGAUAAAUGGAGAAAGCCAAAAGGUAUUGAUAACCGUGUUCGUCGUCGCUUCAAGGGCCAAAUGCGAAUGCCGAAGAUCGGUUAUGGAACUCAGGCUCGUGUUAGGCAUAUACACCCUGACGGAUUCCGCCACGUCAUAAUAAACAACGUGAAGGAACUUGAGGUCCUGCUUAUGCAGCACCGCACACAUGCUGGCGUUAUUGCGAGAACUAUUUCACGCAAAAACCGUGUCAAGAUCAUCGAACGUGCUCGUGAGCUAAACAUAAAGAUAGUGAAUCCCAACGCCAAGAUCCGUCUUGUAGAAAACGAGUAA